GCGCUUGUUAAUGUCCCACAGACAUUUAGUAUCAGUUACACUAUAGGAACAAACUAUAAUUGGUCUUCUAAUCUAUCACCAUUUACAAUGACAACCAAUGGUGCGCAUGGUAGUAUUACAUUUGAUAAGAGUGGAGUUGGUUUAGUGUACUGUAGUUAUACCGACCGUAAUGGAGUUCAACAAGAACGAAGCUAUAAUGUCAAUGUAACAGGAGGUACGUAUGCGGCCCUGUCCUGAGUGUGCCAUAAACUGAAUCAUUUAGAGGACAAGGGGAAUUUAGAACAUUCUUCUGUCUUUUCGUCAGCGACCUGGAAACACAGUUUUCUUGUCGCUUACACUGCGGGAGUCUACUUCGCCGUUGGCGACCGAUACUUCUCUGUGUAUAUUCACACAGUUUAUUCUCUCGAAAAAGCCACUACUACACAAUCACUCCCUGUUACUUCUACAUUGUAGAGAUCUGAUCGGGAUUUCGACACACCACUUGAUCGUCCCUGGGCGCAUGUGCUAAAAAAGAAUUCGGCAAUGCUACAUCGUGUCUCGUUUUCACUUUAAGCAAUACAUAUUUAAUAGCGGAAAAGAGGAUUGAAAAAAAUGUUUUGUGUUAUUGAAGCCUCCUAAAAUUACUUUUCACUUUGUGUGUAAUCCGCGAGAAUGAGCGCGUUAGGUGCCAGUAGUUCCUGGCCGAUUAUUCGUUAAAGACUAUUAAUGUGGUUCGUCUGCGACAAAUGUUAUUCGUCUUUCGUACAUUUACACAAUUUAUUUCUCUAUCGCUUUAUUUAGUUCUUGUUGGUAUAAUCAGCGGGCCUAAUCCGGCGCUUGUCAAUGUCCUACAGACAUUUAGUAUCAGUUACACUAUAGGAACAAACUAUAAUUGGUCUUCUAAUCUAUCACCAUUUACAAUGACAACGAAUGGUGCGCAUGGUAGUAUUACAUUUGAUACGACUGGGGUUGGUUUAGUGUACUGUAGUUAUACCGACCGUAAUGGAGUUCAACAAGAACGAAGCUAUAAUGUCAAUGUAACAGGAGGUAAAAAUUUGCCCGCUACAAUCCUAUCCUACAUUGUUAAGAACGGUUUGGGUCAUUCUUUGGAGUUACAAAAAACUGGUUUUCCUUAG